AUGGCUCCACAGCAGCCCGGGCCCGCAGAGAGAGACGCACCGCAGCGGCGAGCAGGAGCCCAGCCCGGCGGAGGGUCCCGGGACAGCCCGGCGGGAGGGGCGGGGCUGGGCUGGGCGGGGGGAUGGAGGGGGUUAAGGUUUAACUGCACCGCCGCUAACAAAGAGCAGCCCUGCGACGGCGGCAGCGCCAUCUGGAGGCAGCAGCGGCGCACUGCACUUGACCAUGACGAGUCCUGCCCACAAUGUGCAGAGCAGCAGAGAUCAGGCAACCGGCAGCAGCCACCCCUGUUGCCCUUCUUCCUACGUGACCCGGGGCCGAACCGGCCCGACCCGCCUCCAACCGGAGCCCUGUCCGGUCUCAGCAGCCUAACCAUGGCAACCGACACGCCGCGUCAUCACAAAUCUUUGGCCUACUGUGCUUCCGGUGGGAAUUCGGUUCCGGGUUUGGAGUCCCUUCACGUUCAGGGCGGCACCGGCUCUCCGGAGGUUUACACAGACAGGGACGCACCGGGCGAGUCUGAAGUCCAUCACGACAGCCGGAACGGUACCAACGCGCCCUCAGACGGCCGGCAAGGUGUUUUAUCGACGGGCGGUCGCGCGCCUGUGCAGUCGCAGCCCGUGUUCACCUCCUGCCCGACCGCCUCGCUCCAUCACCGGGCUCCGUUCAGCAUGAGCCUCCCCGUGCCGGAGCAGCAGCGUGAGAGCGGUCCGGUAACGUUACACUCAGAGGAUGACGGGCGGUUUGUCACCACCGAGGAAGAGGAGGGAAGAGGAGGAAGACUAUCGGUGCUCAGUGAAAGAAGAUACCAUGGAUUAAUCGGCGGAAGUAACGGGGAACGUCAGACGGUUCCGGUCCAAACCAGCCGGAGCGACAGCUGCAGCAGCGGCAGCUCGGCACCGGGACUCGGGGUGGAGGAGGACGGUCUGACCGGAGGAGAGGAGACGGUACCAGGACCGGAAAUACAAGACGCGGCCCCUCACGCGCCUCCGGUCCGGGCGGCGGGCUGGCUGUCGGUGCGCGCGGGCCGGAAGAAGCGCAGCCCGUACAGCGCGCAGCAGACUCUGGAGCUGGAGAAGGAGUUCCUGUUCAACAUGUACCUGAGCCCACAGCGCCGCCUGGAGGUCAGCAGGAGCCUCCGCCUCACCGACCGCCAGGUGAAGGUCUGGUUCCAGAACCGCAGGAUGAAGAUGAAGAGGCAGCACCGGGGCUCCUGCGGGGGCGCGCGGCUGCAGCAGGAGCACCUCGGCACCAUGUGACGGGGACGCGCACACACGCCCCUGUAGAGGAGGCCGCUUGGUUUGGCCUCUGGCGCC